CAGCGCUCGGUGAAAAAUGCUGGCGCGGGCAGCUCGCCCGGCGGCGCGGCGAGCCGCGCUUGGGCCGUUGCGGCGUGUUGCGGGAUCGCAGAGGGCCAUGGCUGCGGGCUUCACCCCUCCCAAAUACCACACCGACUUUGCACCGGACCUCGUCGUGGAGGGCAUCCCCGACGACCCGCUCUCGCAGCCAAAGGUGUACGAGAAGGAGAUUUGGGACAACCCCGACAUGCUGCUCCCGGAGCGCAUGGAGCUGUGGUGGCAGCGCCGAGCCAGAGUUUUACUACGAUCACGAGUGGCCCGUCACAAACGGCGAUCUCUCGAGACACUGCCGAGACACUGCCGAGCCACUUCCAAGAUACUGCCGAGACACUGCCGAGCCACUUCCAAGAUACUGCCGAGCCACUUCCAAGAUACUGCCGAGACACUGCCCCCACCCUACCCCGCCCCGCCCCACCCCACCUCCGCUCACCCACGCGCACUGGGCCUUGCACUCUGAAUGCCGUGCCGGCUCCUGCCGUCUACACGUGGAGACGCGAGGGACCAGCCUGGCCCUUGCCCCACCACCUCGUGUGUGUGGAGAAGUUUACCCUACCUUCCCUUCCCUUACCUCCGCCCCCGCACCCGCAGGCGAGGCUGUGAGGGACCUCGCCAUUG